GUGUGCCAGAGGUCCGGGUUGUCCCGGAGGUGGGGAUGUGCUGGAUUUGUCCCCGGUGUCCCCCCAGCCCGUAGACACGCGCUGCAGGUACCCACCAUCGGAAGCUUUUCCAGGCGCUGGAAAACACGGGGGUCAAGCUCGGCUCCGGGUCUGAGCCUGCGGCUCCCAGCCUGCGUCCCGUGUGCGACGCCCCGGCCCCAGCCGAGCGGGAUGAAGCUUCUGGUUCCCGUCGCCUUCCUGGCCGCGCUGGCGGCGGCGCUGGGACACCCCGACCCCGCGCUGGACUGGCACUGGCAGCUCUGGAAGAAAACCUACGGCAAGGAGUACGGCCACGAGAAAGAGGAAGGGGACCGGCGCGCAACGUGGGAGAGGAACCUGCGACUGGUGACGCUGCACAAUCUGGAGCAGUCCCUGGGGCUGCACUCCUACCAGCUGGGCAUGAACCGCCUCGCAGACAUGACCAGGGAAGAAGUGGCAGCUUUGUUGACCGGACUCAACGUUGUCCCUCGGCCAAACCGGACCUCCACGUCCCGACCGCAGCCCGGCAGCCGACUCCCGGCCACGGUGGACUGGAGGGAGAAGGGAUGUGUCACGGACGUGAAGAACCAGGGCGCCUGUGGAUCGUGCUGGGCGUUCAGCGCCGUGGGAGCCCUCGAGGCCCAGGUGAAGCUGAAGACGGGGAAGCUGGUGUCCCUGAGCCCCCAGAACCUCGUUGACUGCUCCAUGAUGUACGGGAACAAGGGCUGCAGCGGAGGUUACAUAACCGGCGCUUUCCAGUACAUCAUCGACAACCAAGGGAUUGACUCGGACGAGUCCUACCCCUACACGGCUCAGAACGGGACGUGCCAAUACGACGCUUCCGCGCGAGCCGCCACUUGCUCCAAGUACAUCGAGCUCCCCUACGCCGACGAAGCAGCCCUGAGAGAUGCUGUAGCCAACAUCGGACCUGUCUCCGUCGCCAUCGACGCCGCCCAGCCCACCUUCUUCUUGUACAGGUCAGGUGUGUACGAUGACCCCCGGUGCACCCAGGAGGUGAAUCACGCAGUGCUCGUGGUUGGCUACGGCACCCUGAACGAUAAGGAUUACUGGCUUGUGAAAAACAGCUGGGGCGUGAGUUUUGGCGAGGAGGGCUACAUCCGCAUGGCGAGGAACCACGCGAACCACUGCGGGAUCGCCAGUUACGCCUCUUACCCGCUGGUAUAGACGGACCCCGCGCGUCCGGGAGGACUCCCGAGGCUGCAGUUAAACCCCCGACGCUACGCUCGCAUGGAUCGACUGACCAAGAAUCGUUUUUUGGCUCUGUGGGCAAUGUCCUUCUGUUAGAUCCGCUUGUGUGACAGGCUGGGAGGGAGCCCUUGGCGUGGGAGGAUUUUGGAAUAUGAUUUACAGGCGCCUAGUGACUUGUUUUUUGGGGAAAAAAAAAAAAAAGUUGUGUUGUUUUUUUUUCAGAGUAAAAUUGUGGUAACUCCAAAUAUGACAAAGAUCAUCUACAGUUUGAGAUCACGUUUUCCUCUCUCCAGUUUAGCACUGAUACGAUGCCACGGGUGUGAUUUGAUCUCUGUGCAAUGUCGAUGCAAUUGCAGAUAUCCUUUGAAAAAAAUAA